CAAUUCGCGUAUAAGCACUGUAUUAGUUCGAAUAAUCGAAAUUGCUCGUGUCCUAACGAGUCCACUUCCUUGAUUGAUUUGGCUUGUCGAUUCGUUUGUCGCUUCGGCUGUAACGUAAUCGUGAGACCAUGUCUUUUCUCUAUAGACAGGAGAUAAAGUCGCUGCAGGAAGGAAUGCAAAACGCUUUCGUGAUCGGUGUGGUUAUAAACAGCACGAACACGAGAGCGAUCGACUCCAGUCGAACGAGGUUUCACAAAGGCGACCGUAGCGUGUGGACAUUCACGUUGCGCGAUUCCGAGGAGGACUUUAUUAACGUGACGGUAUGGGGUAGCGCGGAAUUUAUAACGAAAGUAUCGUCCGCUUACAAUAUGGGAUCCGUAGUGGAAGUGAUAAGUGCGAAGAUAGUGAAGCGUCAAGCCAACGACAGAAACGAGGAAUUCGUGCCGUCGACCAGCAGCCCCUUCGUUCUGAUCGUGAACGAAGGCGCGGCGAUUAUACAGCAUCACGAUGCACCCACUCGCGAACAAUACGCGAGCUUGCUGACGCGGCCUGUGAAAAGUGUCGGGUCCGCGAAGAGUCUGAAAACUAUACUGGAGAACAUCGAGGCGCUGUGCGACCGAUUCGUCGAUCUUUUCGUCGUGGUCACGUUUGUCGCGGAUGCGCGUAACAUAACCACGCGAGACGGACGGUCUUUAACGUGCCGCAGUUUUGAAGUUGCGGACGGAUCGACGGACAAUACGGUGUCUUUGAUAUUGUGGGAGAAGGACUGGGUUGAGAGAUCCGCAUUUUGGGAACCGAAGCAAACGGUAUUGUUCCUGACCGACGCUCGCAUCGCGUAUGAUGAAUAUAAGAAGAAAACGGCGCUGAGCGUAGCAAGGCGAACGUUGAUCACAGAAUGCUCGAACAUACCGCAGGCGGCAGAGCUUAAAAGCACAGUGGAGCAUUACGAUCCAGAUUCGAUGAGCAGCGACCCGUUCGCCGUACCGAAUCCGGAUACUAUUACAACUGUAAUGACGAUACAACAAAUCACGGAGAAAUUACGAAAAAAGUCGAGCACGGAUUUGGAAAGAUUGCAGUUCGCGGCGAUCGUGAAAGCUUCGGUGACCGAGAUGAAUCUAGGAGAUUUGUCCAGUGUGAUAUCCAUAAAAUGCGCUCUCUGUAAAAAGAUCGUCGCGCGCGUUCAAGAUUCUUGUAUGGAUUUGAACUGUCCAUCCGGCAAUGGAAUGCGAUCGCCUUUGAACACCGUUAAGUUCAACGUGAAAGUCAAUUUAAAGGACGACACCGGAUAUCUCAUCGGAUGCCGCUUGACUGGCGACUUCGCCGAGCGUGUCCUGGGCUGCACGCUCGAUGAAUUUCAGGCAAUGACGGUGGAACAACGCGAAGAGUUACAAUGGAUGUACCUGUUGGAGAAAUGUGAGGUUCGCCUGCACAUUCUUGGGCCGACGUCCGUUUUCCCGCGUGCUAUGUACAAUGUUCUGUCCAUUCAUCGUUCUCGGGGUGAAGAAGCGGAACAACAGUCGGAACAGAGUGUGACAUUGUCCGAGUGUUAAAAAAACGUUUCUCGCUUUUUCUAGUUGUUCUGACUCGAUAAAAAUUCUUCCCUUUAUUACGUUCCUCGUGUUAUAUAUACAUAAAGAUGUUACUUAAAUAUGUCGUUAUGAAGUGUAACAAUCCGUAACUACGAGAUUGUUGUUAACUUUUGUUAUCGUUUUUCGUCGUCUUCGAAAUAUCUCUAACGUAUGUAUUCCUUACGACAUCAUAGUUUAUUUCAUAAAGAAGUUUCUUACCAACAGAUAAGAGAAAGGAUGUUUGAGAAACAUGUUUUACUUAAAUAAGAAUUUCUUCAUUUUCGCCUAAUAUAUGCGUUCAUUGACGUAGAGAAACUAUGUAACAUAUUACAUAAAUGAAUAUAUAUUGUUUGAU